AGCAGGGUGGCAAUGAUCACUGGCGCCAUGGACUCUUAGACCACCUCAUACACGCUCAAAACCUGUCCAAGUCAACUUCCACAGCUAUCCUCACUUUAACCAGCGUGGAAUGGACUCCCGGCUCCAGAUUGGACCGGUGGUCCCGACACCGGACCCCACCGUCCGCGCACCCUGGAAUAUCAGCUCCAUCAACCGGCACCGGCUCAUGGAGCUGUCUCCGGCAGCCACAGCUAGCUCCGUGGUCCUCGGCCAUCCGUUUCCAACAGUAGACGUCCCUGAUCACGCUCACUACACCAUCGGCGUCAUCAUCCUUGCGGUCGGCAUCACAGGCAUGCUGGGAAACUUCCUGGUCAUCUAUGCAUUCUGCAGGAGCCGGAGCCUGCGGACACCGUCCAACAUCUUCAUCAUUAAUCUGGCCGUCACGGACUUCCUCAUGUGUUUCACCCAGACGCCCAUCUUCUUCAUCACCAGCAUGCACAAACACUGGAUCUUCGGAAAGAAAGGAUGUGAGUUGUAUGCCUUCUGCGGAGCACUGUUUGGCAUCUGCAGUAUGAUGACCCUGAUGGUGAUUGCGGUGGACCGAUAUGUGGUGAUUACCAGGCCUCUGGCAUCUCUCGGGGUGAUGUCUCACAAGAAAGCCCUGAGCUUUGUGGCUGUAGCCUGGUUUUACUCCAUGGGCUGGAGCCUGCCUCCCUUCUUUGGCUGGAGUGCCUAUGUCCCAGAGGGUCUGAUGACAUCUUGUUCUUGGGACUACAUGACGUUCACGCCUUCAGUCCGCUCCUACACCAUGCUGCUCUUUACCUUUGUCUUCUUCAUCCCUCUCUUCAUCAUCAUCUUCUGCUAUUGCCGCAUCUUCAGAGCCAUCCGACACACAACGCGGGCGAUUGCAAAGAUCAACUGUCAGGGGACCAGGGACUCUGCAAGGAGGUUCCAUAAGAUGAGGAGUGAAUGGAAGAUGGCCAAAAUCGCACUCAUCGUCAUCCUGCUGUUCGUCAUCUCCUGGGCCCCUUACUCCUGCGCAGCCCUCACUGCGUUUGCAGGGUACGCUGACUUGCUGACUCCGUACAUGAACUCUGUUCCCGCUGUGAUAGCCAAAGCCUCUGCUAUCCACAACCCCAUCAUUUACGCCAUCACACAUCCCAAGUACAGGUCAGCAAUCAGCAGAUACGUUCCCUACCUCGGCAUGUUGCUCUGCGUCACUGGCAGAGACCGCUACAGCAGCAGCAGCAUCCAGUCCACGCGUCGCUCAACCCUGACCAGCCAGUCAGAGUGCAAAGGCCCCAGCAGGCCCCAAAACUCCUCCCAGUCUGAGAGUGAAUCAGGACACUUCUCAGACACUGAGGACGACUGCUCGUCCCGGACACCUGUCAGUCGCCACCUGUCCAUCGAUGUCAAACAGGUGCGCCGUGCCAGCCAGAGGUCAAAGGUGAGUGGUCGCAACACUGGAGAGUUUGAAAGAACGGCAGCCCACAGCCCCACUGACCCGGCCAUAUGUCACCUUUCACAGCUCACUACUCUGACAGAGCCUGAAGAUAUCUGCAUGUCGGACAUCAGUCUGCUGCCAGCCAGCCAUCUGCCUGCUACUUUGGACAACGUGAUGAGGGAGUCGGUGCCAAGGCCAGUAUGCAAAAACACAACAUCUGUCAUCGUCACCUCUAUAUCCAGCCCAUCUAUACUGCAUAGUCCCCCCGGUUUCCAUGGAAACCUUAAAGCGGCCAAGACCAGCAGCCCCGUCAGUAAAGAGCUACUUGACAUAGCCAGGCUGGAGACAACAGCGUUACCGUGAGCAGCUGGAGACGAGUCCAUCGGUGUUUAUGUGCGUAUGUGUGUUUCAAUAUCCUCAUGGUAUUAUUCUGAACCAGCAUGCUGUUUAAUGACUCAGAACCAUUCUUUUUUUCUUGUUUUUUUUGUUUUUUUUUUGCAUGCAGUGUAAGUGUAUGUGAGUGUGAAUGCCCAGUAAACUGAACUGUGGGUGUGUUUGCACAUAUGCUGUAUGUGUUUUACCUUUUGUGACAUAUCAGAGUGACUGGAGAUGGUUUACCUCAGAGCUGAAAGUGACAAAUUAGCCUUAAAAAUAUUGUGUCAAAGGUUGUGUUUUAAUUAGACUCGGUAUUUAAGUGUUAUUUCCUAAUUGGCACUGCACUUUGAUCAAAUCUUUUUUGUCAUUGUACAUAAGCUGCCCUUAAAAGCUUGGCGCCCUUACACCCAUUUUGGUCAAUGCCAUGAAAAUUCAUAUAAUGUGAAAUUUUGUAAAUGAAAUAAGUAUGAUGUUUUAAAAAAAAAUGUUGUUACUUUGAAUAAUUAUCUCUGUCAGUCAUAUUUCAGUAUUGUAGUUGAUUAUUUACAAUUCUGUAUUUUAAAGUUUUGAUACAGAGCUUUAGAAACCAACUAAGUGUUACACUAAAGCAGCUGAAAAUGAAUCUAAAACUCGUACCACCGCUGCUUUAUACUCUACAACAGGGCCUCACAUAUGCUAAAUACUUCUGAGCACAGACACACACAGAGGAAGAGUGAGCAUGAGCACACAUAUAAUUAGAUGGUAAGGAGUGUAAAUCUUUGUCAGGGGCCAAAAUGACAUGAAGCAGUUUCGAGUAAAAACCAUGGACUGUAAAAGAAGAACUGGACAACCCCCUUGACAUCGCCCAUAGGUUUUCUAAAGACUCGGCUUGAAGCCUGAAGUGAUCUUCUGUGGAAGGGGGAGUCCCGGGGCAGUCACUAGCUCGACUGAGCUUAGGUUGCAUAUACAUGCCGGAAUUAGGACCACAUUGUCUGGCAGUAACAGCUCGAUCUCAAGAGCUUCAGUUCUGUUAGUUUACAGCCUGGCUAAGGUGUAUAGAUGGCUUUUAAAACUUCGAUAUUAGUCGGAUUAAGGCAACAAUUCCACUUUCUAUUAGUGCAGGUAAACGUACUGAGUGUUAAUACAAGAACUUGCAGAGCUCCAAUUGAGCACCCAGAGGACCCUCAACGAGCCGACGCUCAGCUAAUUUACUGGCCUUUGGAUCUUAUCGGCUUUGUCGGAGCUCGGUCCUGCAACGACAAUCAGUUUGAAAGGCUUCAGGUGA